AUGGAGCGCAAACUGGAUCUGACUCGUCUGACGGACGAGGAGGCCAAACACGUGUGGGAGGUGAUUCAACGAGACUUCAACCUCCGCAAGAAUGAAGAGGAGAGACUCAGGUAUGAACUUUCCCUUUAACUGUAUGACAGAACUUAAUCUAUAGAUAGAAACUGUAUCUGAAUUUAUCUGUAUAUAUAUGUUUACACUACAUCGACAUGUUUAUAUCUGUGUUAAUACAUCUGAACAUCUACAGACCUGUUUAACGAUAUUGAAAAGGUCCAGAUUAAAGACUGGAUUAUUUAUAAUGGAUCUAGUCUAUUCAAAGGGGACUCCACCCCACCUGUCCAGGUAAACCCUGACACAAACUGCACUUGCUGUGUGACUCGUUGCCUGACUCAUCUGUGUGACUCGUUCAUGUGAGCAGGAGGAAUGUAAGGGUGAAAGACUUGGUUGUUGAUGCACUUGAUCAUAACUCGGUCACGCGGUGGCGGCCGGCAGCAGGGAGCUCACAAAGACCCUCUGUGCUCCCCAAACACUCAAACUCCCAACAGCCCCUGGGGCGGACAGCUCACAAAGGACGCAGAGCUCAUACUGUAAUGAGCACAUUAGCUAAAGCUCCUGAGAGGAAAUUCCAGCUUGUGUUGAUUUUGGCACCCCCUGUGGCCACAACAGGAACUUGUGACCUGUUGCUAAAUAAGGUUUACUUCACAAUCACUCAUGGAAAGUUUGGGGUUUCAAAACUGUGCAAAAAGGUUUAUUCCGUGUGUUCUUAGUGAGCUGAAGACGCGACUCAAGAAGGAGGACGUGAAGCGAGAGCUGCUGGGCGUCGAGAGUCAUCUGUCGGACUCUCACUGUCUACGAUGUCUGCAGCCGUUCAAGUUCCUCAUCAACAGCAAGCGUCAGUGUCUGGACUGUCACAUGUACACCUGCAAGUCCUGCAGCCGCUAUAACAAGAAGGAGCACGGCUGGGUGUGUGACAACUGCCGCAUGACCAGGUGAGACCCCUUCAGGUGUGUCAGUGUUUUGACGAUCACAGUGCCCUCUUAAGUCAAAGGUGAACAAGGGUUUUAGAAGGUACUGCAGCUGAAAGGGUUAACUUCUGUAGGUGCUAAUGCUGCAUUCGAGUUACCUCGGAAGUCAGAAGUCCGAGCGGAAUAUUAAUAUGAUGUGGCUACAUGGAAACAAGAUGGCUACAUCUACGGAAAUUAUUUUAGCACUUGCCUUAUAUUCGGACAAGGCAAGCACUAAAAUAACUUUCAUAGAUGUUGCCAUCUUGUUUCCACCUCCGAUUUUGCUUUAUUCUGACUUGGUAACUGAAACGCUGGGAACUUGGGUGUUGCGUCAUUUUCAGCUUGGACUUCUGACUUCCGAGGUAACUCGAACGCAGCAUAAGACAUGCUCAGGUGUGCUGUGUUCACCUGCAGGGUGCUGAAGAUCGGCACUGUGGGCUGGUACCACGACAACAUCAGGAACCGCUUCAAACGCUUCGGCAGUGCCAAAGUGAUGAGGUCGCUGUACAAGAGGCUGAACGGAGACGGUGAGCACACUGUGACAUCACCAUACCUGUAGGACACCUGUGCAGGCGUGGCCACAGAAACAGCAAUGUCCAUGUUAAAUGUUUCAUCUUUAAGUUUUGAUUUUCUUAAAAUAUCAUAUAAAUUCAAAAGUUAUAAUCUCGUUUUGAAGAAAUGUUUAUAAUCCUGCUGCAAGCUAACAUGACUUCCUUUUUUUCAUCAGGUCGCGAUGAUGACACUCAGAGCAUGCCCGACAUCUGCAACUGUGAGUCACCUUAAAAUCUUUGUGAACAACAAAAUUUAAGCCAGCAGCACAUUUCAAAACAGUGAGAACAGGGAUAAGGAAAUACUAAAGAAGUCAUGCAAUCCCAAAGUAACCAUCUUGAGGAACAACUCCAAACUGACUGGGAAUAAAAAGAGCAUUUUAGAGAGGCCAAUGGGAUGUUUCACCACUCUGUGAGAGACUGCGUGAGAAAACAGUUAAAACAAUGUCCCCCAGUCUAAAAUAUCACAUGAAAAUUUAUCAUCCACACUCCAUGAUAUCAUUAAAAGAUUCAGAGAAAAGGGCAAUGCCGAUAACUGAUACAGCAUAACUGUAAUCUUCAGGCCCUCAGGCGGUACUCGAAUAAAAUGACUGCAGCAGGAAUCACUCCAUGAGCUCAAGAUCAUAUCGAACAAACAUUAAUCUGUGAACACAGUUUGUCCCUGUAUCCAAAAAUUCUGUUUAAAACUACCACACAAAGAGAAAACCAUCAAUCGACAUGAUCCAGAAAUGCCUGAGCCCAUUUAAGAGGAAAAACUGACAGAUCAAUAUUUGGCCUUUUUGGAAAUCAUGGCCGACAAUCAUAUGUGUAAGUGUUUUGUCUCCCAUUAGAUGGGUUUAACGGUAGAGAGGACGAGCAGGUGGAGGUCGAGGCUCAGCACUUCAAGACGGUAAAUACAUUUAAAAUCAAAUAAUCACAUGAUCAUGAUCAUCAACCAAAGUUUAACAAAGUUUCAACUUCCUGUUUCUUGUCAGAUGAGGAAGAAUAAACGACUGCUGUCUGUUCAUCCUCUCGACUUUGACCCCGAAGAUUAUUUCCCAAACUCACGAAGACCAUCUGCACAGGUAACAACACACACAACUAGAAAAUACUCACACCUGUGGUUGUCAAAAUUAACUGUGUUUAUCAUGUCCGAGCAGAAUCAGGAGGAUCGGGGCCACAGGAAUGACUAUGACGACCCCAACAACCGAGUCAACCGCAGGAGAAGUAUGGACCGACACAACAGCAGGCAUGGUGAGCAUAAGUAUCUGAAAUAUGAGGGUCCGUUUCAGGAAAUGACGUCAACAUCAACAAUGUUCACUUCCGUCUUCGCUGCUGUGUGUAGAAGACCUCGGUGACAGCAGGAUGGUCAGUACUCGCUCCCUGUCAAAGAUCAGCUCCUCAGUUGCCCGCCAACAAUAUGUUGACACCUCAGAUGAAGACGAUUACCCCCGUCAGCCCCACCACCGUCGCAAGAAUAGCAAAACGUCCUCUCAGGAGAACCUUGGCCAGACCCAACCAGUGAGAGUAUAAAUACUACAUCCAUGAACCGUAACAGGAAAACAGAGACCGUUUUAGUAAAUGAAAGCAUUUCUCUCUACAGAUGAAUGAGCUGAACAAACGAAUGUUCGCCAUCGAGAACCUGCUGAGCCGCUUGGAAGAGAAGAUCACGCCUAAUGAUCAGGUGAGACCACAAAACCCCACUACUUCCUGCAAGAACAGGUCCUGGUUCUGGUCUAAGUAACUGUUCUGUUGGCCUUGCAGGCAGCAGCUCCAGAAGCUCACGGCGAAGAGGAGAAGCUGAGGAGGAAGCUGAGCGAACUGGCAGCUUCCUCUGAUGAAGAGGCCGACAGGAAGUGGGCUUCUGCAGGGGCCAGUGAAGCCCUGGUCUGGAAGGGUGCUGCUAAUUGUCUUCGGGACAAAGAACUGAGUUCAUCCAGUGACGAGAUGCCAACAGAGGGUCAGAAGGUGAGACCGGUCAGAUGAUCAAUCACUCAUAACACCAGCAGGCAGAACUCCUGACUGUGGUGCAUCUGGCUCCCUGUUGACUUGCUGGCUGUGGUGUGUUUGGAUGCUUGCUUGCUUAUGUGCACUUAAGUCUUUGCUCACUUUAGUGCUUUGGGUCCUUGCUUUAAGUAAUCCAUUUGAGUCCUUCCAAUGGACAGUGCUUUUGUGUCUUUGGUGACUGCUGUGUAUUUGUUUUUUUGCGGGUGGAAAUUCUUUCCGAUCUUUGCGAACUUAGGUGCUUUUGGGUCCUUCUUUGCUGGCUAUCAUCCAUACGGGUUGUUGUUGUUGGCCGUAGUGUGUUUGGUUGCUUGCUUGGCGUUACGCACACUAGUCUUUGCUAGUUUCAGCACCUUUGGGUUCCUGCUGGCUGGGGCGCACUUUAAUCCCUGCUGGCUGGUGCAUUUUGGUCCUUGCUUGCUGUUGUGCAUUCAGGUUGUUGCUAACUGUUGUCUGUUUGGGGCCAUACUGAGGUGAAUUUUUGUCUUGGCUGACUGUUGUGUCGUUUGUCAUUAGUUGUGAUGUACUGGGUCCCUGUUGACUGGUGCAGAAGCAUCUGAACCCCAAUAUAUACACAUUUUAAGAGUCUCUUAAUGGCAAAAUAAACAUUUUAAAUUCCUGGAAUAGUAAACACAUUUUUGGUCUGACCGGCACACUUCUCUUUCUGGUGGGAGGUUGAGGGAUUAUAACUUUCUGUUUUCGGGGAUGUUGAGGUUACAAGUUCUGCAUAAACAGGGUGCAACUGACUGGACUGAGGGGGAGCACAACGUGGUUUUUAGCAAGGGGGCCAAAGGCCUGAUUUCUACCUCUCUGAUUAUUGAUAAGCUGACCGAAGAUGAGGUUAAGUCAGCACUUCCACUGCUGGUGCAGUUGCUGCAGGGUCAGGCAUGUGUUCUAACUCCACCCUCUUUGUGGUUUUCAGAGAUCAACAGCCGCGGCGCUCUGUGACCUCACCACAGAGGUCCUAAGGACCAUAAACGCCACGGAGAGCGCCAUGUUGGAGUAUGGUCUGUCAGAGCUGCCGCAAAGACCGCAGUUAGCCAGCUCUGAUGUAAAACAGACAGACGAUGCAUUCAGGGAACUUGAAGAAAAUGUACGCUUCAAUAGACAUUACGUUCUCUUUCCCAACAAAUCAAACGAUCUGCUUUGUCAGCCAUCAAAAACUUCAAAAUAAGAGUCUUAAAGUUUUCUCAAAGCACCAGAUUAUAACUGAGGGGGUUGGUUCUGAUUGGACCACAGGGUAGGGUGACCUGUUCACGUGGAGGCCAGGAGAAAGUUUUAAUCUCUAAUGCUAUAUAAUAAUAAUACCGUUUAUGAAUACAGAGAUGAAUAAUAUUUUCCAACAAUUAAACUUUAACCUUUAAUAUGUCUGGCAGAAACCUUUUUUCUGAAAUUAUAAUUUGUUUUUUUGUUAUGUUUUUGUUUUUUUGUCUUCACAUUCUCACCUGGACAUCAGAUCCGACUCUUUGUCAUGGCUCUCAAUACCUGAAACAAACACACCUAUCAAGUGAACUCAGAGUUUAAGACAAAACUGCACCCAACCCAACCUCCCCCAACUAUGAAUCUAAUUCUCAGGGCUCAAUGGGCUUCUGAUAUUUUCAAAAUAAAGCGAUGUCGAUGAGGAAUUCAGGGCCGUGACAAAGUGUAGGAUUGUGAUGAGUUGGGAUUGAGAAUAGUGACACUGCAGAGUUUGUACUGACCUCUUGCUGUCUAAAGCCAUGUUUCCACCCAAAAAAAUAGGAACUGUUGGUCCCUGGACCUGUUUUCUAUGUCAGGGACUAAUAAGGCUUCAGGUUUUCCUGUUUUCUGUCUCAACUGAGGACUCAUAAAAAUCAGAGUCUCCUUCUGUUUCAAACGCUUCACCAUUCUGAAAGGUUAAGAGCUGCAAGCCCCGGCCAAAAAAAAUCCCAGUAUUUUAAAGAAGAACCACAUUCCCAACAGGAACCUUUAGUAAGGUUUCACCCUAAAAAGUCCCUUUUUGUACUUUCGAACAGUGUUACUAGCAGCAACCCAAUGAGCUCCUCUUGAAGUUCCUGGUAUUUUAAUGAAGUUCCUGCUGUGGUGGAAACACAGCUCAAUACCACUCCCCUCCCACCCACUCAGCCACACAUGCACACAACCUCCAUCCCCACACAAACACAAAAGCCCCCAUGCAACACCUCCCCCUCUUCUGGCUCCAGCAUGAAAGCAGUAUGUGGACUUUAGCCCCGCCCCCUCCCCUUCCUCAGGUGUGCUACAGGUGUGUUGCCUGGUGUGUUACUCCAUGUUAUGUCAUGGAUGUUUGUGUCAUGGUUCUGCAUGAGUGCAUGUAUGUCACCCUGGCAAGUCUAUCCCAGGUGUGUAUUACAAGCGCUUGUGUGCAUGUGUGUGUCACCUGUGCAGGUGUACAUGGCGGCUGGUCAGUCUUUUGAUUUGGAGUCAAAGUUGCGUCGACUCGAGCAGAGCGCCAAAAAUAACUUUGGAGGGACGACCGACUCUGAGCUGUCCGAGCUGGAGGACGUUGUGGCGCUGACUGCUGCUAGAGUCCAGAGUGCUGAGAGCGAGGUGGGUCACACACCUGGAUGACAUAACAAUGGCAUCAUAAUAAGUAAAUAAUGUCAUGUUUUCUGUGCAGGUGUCGGACAUUGAGAGUAAGAUCGCUGCUCUGAAAGCUGUUGAUUCAAAGAAGGUGAGACUGAAUUUUGGUGUGAACUUAAAGGGAUAUUCCAGCGUAAAAUUAAUUUAGGGUCAAACACACCAUAACACCGAGUUAGACACUCCCUCAAGAGAUGAAUGUUGCUAAACGCUUGCUUCUCUAAUUAUACCAACUUUAGUAAUGAUUGCACGACAGCAAUACAGAGGGCCACGCGCUCCACCAAAACGCCACUCUAUAGCCACAAAUAAUGCUCAGAACAGCACCUAACUUCAUCAACAGUACGUAUACGGUCCCAGCCAUAGUACUAGCCACCAAACAUCUUUUUAACUUUGCCUGAUUUCUAUAGCAAAUACACUAGCGGCUGCUGGAAGAGAGUAGGUGAGUUGUGUUAAGUCACUUUGCUAAAGAAAUUAGGCAAAGUUAAAAAGAUGUUUGGUGGCUAAUACUAUGGCUGGGACCCAAGUGUACUGUUGAUGAAGUUAGAUGCUGUUCUGAGCAUUAUUUGUGGCUAUAGAGUGGCGUUUUGGUUGAGGUUUGUGUGUGGUUCCAAAGACCACUGCGUAUUGCUAUCUUGCGGUCGUUACUGAAGUUGGUAUAACUAGAGAAGUAAACAGUCGGCAACAUUUAUCUCUCUAGAUGGUGUCUAACUGGCUGCUACGGUGUUAAUUUUACGGCGGAAUAUUCCUUUAACAGACAGUAAUGAUAAUUAUUGAAUCCUCCAGGUGUCUGGAUCUCAGAGGAAGAAGUCAUCACAUGAUGUCCGCAGUAAGAGUCCUUCACCUUUUUGACACAAAACACAAACAUGUCCAGAGUCUUUGUUUCUGCUUGUUUUUUUAAAUCAAUUUUUAUGUUUUUUUUUUCAGAGUGA